AUCCAUCAAGAGAGAGAGAGAGUGUAACAAAGUUCCUCACUUUCAUACUCAUUUGCAAAGAGAGAGAGAGAGAAAAUGGCACUGAGAGCAGCUAUUCUCCGCCAUGUUCGUGUGCCACUCCAAACCGCUCCAAAGCUGCAGCCAUGGGGUGGUUCCCUCCGCUUCAUGUCUUCACACGACGAUGAUCAUCUUACCAAAGAAGAGGUCAUCGACAGAGUCCUCGCUGUGGUCAAAGAUUUCCCCAAAGUGGAUCCUUCCAAGGUGGCUCCAGAUGUACAUUUCCAGAAGGACUUGGGUUUGGAUAGCUUGGACAACGUGGAAAUUGUAAUGGCACUAGAAGAGGAGUUCAAGCUGGAGAUUCCAGACAAGGAAGCUGAUAAAAUUGACUCUUGUGAUCUUGCUAUUGAGUAUAUUUCUAACCAUCCCAUGGCUAGUUAACUAAUGUUGUGUUUUUUCCUAUUUAGUUACAUGUUGAACUUAACAUCAUUGCAACCUGCCUUGUACUUCUUUCACUGGAUGUUUCUGGAAUCUGGUCUCUCUUUUAUCUUUUCCUUUUUUCCCAUUUGAAUUGGAGUGAAGAGGCUGGUUAUUGAAAAUAAUGUGAACUGUUCGGAAAUGAAUUUGUCAGUGAAGAACUGGUGAAGGACCAUAAUUUUAAGUUUUGCUUUUUAC